AUGAAAAAUUGUGUUACAACUUUUAGUGGCCACAUUAAAGAUUGCAUCGGUGCGAUUGAUGGCACACAUGUGACAGCGGUUGUACCUACUGAGAAGUCCAUUCCAUACUUUGGAAGAAAGGGAUAUCCAACCCAAAAUGUGAUGGCUGCAUGUGAUUUUGAUAUGUUAUUCACAUUUGUUUUGCCUGGAUGGGAAGGUGCAGCACACGACACUCACAUUUUUCUUGAUACUAUUCGUAAACAGAGUAACAACUUUCCGCACCCACCACCAGGGAAAUAUUAUGUAGUUGAUUCUGGAUACCCAAUGAUGAAAGGUUAUUUGGCACCAUACAAAGGGAUAUCAUACCAUCUUCAAGACUUUCGAAGGAGAGGUGGAAGCCCUAGAACUAGACAUGAAAAAUUUAAUCAUGCUCACUCAUCUCUUCGAUGUACGAUUGAGCGCACUUUUGGUGUGUGGAAGAAUAAAUGGAGAAUUAUCAGAAACAUGCCAUCUUUUCCAUUCCAUAUCCAAAUGCUUAUUGUAUCUGCUACUAUGGCUCUUCAUAAUUUUGUUAGACUAAAUGAUAGGGAUGAUAGGGGCUUCAUAAAUGCCAAUCGAGAUUCAAUUUCUAGAAGAGAAAAUAAUAGUGAAGCAGAUAGCAGUUAUGAGCAGAAUUUAGGAUCUUUAACAGACCCUGCGAUGGUGGUUCUUCGUGAUUCCAUUGCUAAUUCCAUUUGGGGGGAUAAUAAUUAG